UUGAAGCCGUCGAUGCCGGAGAAGCAAGAGAUACCCUGCCGUGGCGGUGGCUCUCGUUGUUGCGCUCUCCCUCGCCGGCUGCUGCUGUCUCAAAUCCGGCCGUUGCUGCUGCUGGCACUGUCGAUUUUCUCUGCCCCCCAGAGACAUCGCCUUCUCCGUCCGUGCUCUCGCUCUCGCUCACGUAGCGCUCGUAGCCGGCCGUAGGUGUAUCUGGAGCGUAGUCCAUGGCUGGUUGGUUAGCUGUAACGGGCGCGGAGGUGCUGCUACUUGGCUAUCACUCUGUGUUGGAUGCACGUUCACGCUUUAAAAGGGGUCCGAGCGGGCACAUGCACACCACAGACCUCAGAGACGCAGCAUCGCACCGGCCUGCAUCACAGCGUGGAAAUCACACCCUUGCUAGGGAUACACGGACGAACCACGGCAUUGACACCAGCGGAGCAAUGGCCUCAUUGGAAAGCUUGCUGGCGGCCGGAGCGGCGCCGCCUGCAGAGGGGGGAAAGGUUGCCUACGAGCAUCCUUUGGUCCAACGGUAUGCAUCAAAGGAGAUGAGUUUCGUAUGGUCGCCGGUCAAGAAGUUCCGCACGUGGCGGCUGCUAUGGAUUGCUCUCGCCACGGCCGAGAAGGAACUGGGGCUGGACAUCACGGACGAGCAGCUUGAGGAGAUGCGUUCCCAGGUCGACAACAUUGACUGGGACUACGCCGCUAAGAAGGAAGCCGAGUUCAGGCACGACGUCAUGGGCCACGUCCAUGCCUUCGGCCACGUUUGCCCCAAGGCCAUGCCGAUCAUCCACCUGGGAGCGACGUCGUGCUUCGUCGGAGACAACACUGACAUUGUUCAGAUCCGCGACGCUCUCCUCCUGCUCCGGCGCAAGCUCGUGAAGUUUUUGGGCGUGAUGAAGGCCUUCGCUGCCGAGCACCGCGCCCUGCCCACCCUCGGGUUCACUCACUACCAGCCGGCACAGCUCACCACCGUGGGGAAGCGCGCCACGCUUUGGAUGCAGGACUUCGUCCUGGAUGUGGCCGCCUUGGAACGGUGCAUCGAGGAUCUGCCGAUGAGGGGUGUCAAGGGGACCACAGGCACGCAGGCCACCUUCCUCCAGCUCUUUGACGGUGACCACGACAAGGUGAAGACUCUGAACCGGCGAGUGGUAGAGCUGAUGGGCUUCGACAAGUGGAUCCCGGUCAGCGGGCAGACGUACAGCCGCAAGAUAGACUACCAGGUGUUGACGGUGCUGAGCGGCGUCGCGCAGUCGGCGUACAAGAUGUGCGGCGACGUUCGACUCCUUGCCAACCUGAAGGAGGUCGAAGAGCCUUUUGCCAAGACGCAGAUCGGGUCGAGUGCGAUGGCAUACAAGCGCAACCCGAUGCGCUGCGAACGCACGUGCUCCUUGGCGCGAUAUCUCAUGGGACUGCCCGCGAUGGCGGCGCAGACACACGCAUCUCAGUGGUUCGAGCGCACCCUCGACGACAGCGCCAUUCGCCGGAUGUAUCUGCCGGAGGGGUUUCUAUCUGCCGACGUCAUAGUCACCCUGCUGACCAACAUCGCAGAUGGCAUGCACGUGUGGCCUGGGGUUGUGCGAGCUCGAGUCAUGUCCGAGCUACCCUUCAUGGCCACCGAGAACAUUCUGAUGGCCUGCGUCCAGGCCGGCGGGGACAGGCAGGACUUACACGAGAAGAUCCGCGUGCAUUCGAUGGCGGCGGGCAUGGCGGUCAAGGGGGAAGGUAAGCCGAACGACCUGAUGGACCGAGUCGCUGGAGACCCAGCUUUCGAGGCGGUGCACGGGGACAAGCUGGCGUCUCUAAUCGACCCUUCUCUCUUCAUCGGCAGAAGCCCAGAACAGGUGGACGAGUUCCUGGCGGAGUGCGUGGAUCCCAUCCUCGACAAGCAUCAGGCAUUGCUAAAAGAGGAGAACGCCGACGAUGUCAACGUUUAAGACGAGGUCCUACCCCGUGUUUGCAGAGUUAAGGGCACGAGUUUUCUUCACACGAUCGAGGCUGCUACGUCGGGAAAGCGUUCUAGUUGCCCCUUGUGCUGGCGGUAUGAGUUGGUGAAGGAAGAGGGAAUGCGGACGGCCACGGACGCACCCUGGCGUAUCUUGUGGCAUGUUCCAGCCGACCUCAUAAAGUUUCCGUACAAUGAUGGAGAUAACUGCGCCCGUUCAUCUCGUCUCUGUAGUGAAGCCAGGAAGGAGAUCUACACUCACAUUUUGUGUUGACCUAUUUCAAUCCAACAACGGCAGUCGUGGUGUCCAUGGGCUCCGAUGCUCAGGUCCUCUCCGAGCCAGAGAAGAGAACCUUCUGACUUGUCGUUUCCCAGCCGCUUCGGCCUCCAUCCGGAUGUGAUCAAUCAUGUAAUGGUCUCUGGUUUGAUUGAGUGCCACUCCGCAGGGAAGGUAGCGUAGCCGACAGCGGGUCACAUUGUUCGGCAAUUCGAGAAAAUCGCAAUACCAAGCCAAGAUUCACACCCAGGUGCAGUAUUUGCCGGGGUAAACGCAGAUGAUCUGCGAAUAGGAUAAUUUCAAGGCCUGGUCUUCAUACGUAAGCCGUCACGUUUGGCAAGAACGUGCCAACGAAGUUGUAGAAGGCACCCCGAUAAGCCUUGGUAGUCACAUCCAGCAGCGACGGUGGGCAGCCAUAGUUUGGAGAAGAGAGGCAGGUAUUAGGUACGUGCUCGUCGACGCGCUUUGUCGGCAGUGCAGAACAAUGAAGAGUGUCAGUGUACCCUUGCAGCUGAACGGUUGUCCGAGUCAUUCCGAAGGUCACCAGGUCCGGUGCUGCGGUUGAGUGUUGCAUGCUCAGCGCACGGUGUGGCUGCGUUUGUUUUGCCAUGCGCAAUGUGUCGUCAUCCCUGGGAAUGUUUUCGCUUUGUGCCCUCCUGUCGUACGGAGCUUUGUUUAAUGCAAACCCAUCUCGUGUGCCGCAUGCUAUUGAUUC